CUUUCGGUUUGACAGCUUCAAAGUCUUUUUACGCUAGUGACAGUGUAUCUAUCGAUAAUCCAGCAAUCGAAAAUAUCAAUGGGAAUGUGAUGGAAUAAAGUAACCAUGGCAACCUUUAGUUUGGCUUCAACAACCUCUGCAAUGGACGUGCUUUCAAUUUAUAGCUCACCCGUUAUAGAAUUUACAGCAACGCAGCCAUUGGAAAGGCAGAAUGCACUGGUGGACAACUGUACGGGCACUGAUCCGCCUCCAGCCAACGCAGAUAAGCUGACAGAAACGCAUACGAAGAAACAAGUGGCCACACAAACGGAACACAUUUGCAGCAGCGAGUCAGCGGACUACGAUGAGCGUGCGCUGGCCAAAUGGCUGCGUCAGAUCUAUCCACUAGUGGAGCUGGAGCUGAGUCAGCCCACGCCACUAAUGGAUGAGCAGUGUAGUGAAUGCUCACUACAGGAGCAACUGCAAGUGCACACAUACCAAAAGCUUAGCCUGCACAGCAUGGAGAACUCGCAAGGCUUGGCCAGCUGGCUCUGCGUGCACACCAACAAUGCGCCCGUGCUGGUGGUCACCACUGUGGCGCCGCAUGACGACUGGUGCGAGCAUGUGGAGCAACAGCUGCAGCUCUAUGUGCCCGAGCGCAUGUCCCAGGGCAGCUAUGUGGUUUAUACGCUGUCCAAAAGUGUGCCCUUAAAGUCCUGCCUGCGCAGCUUGACCACAAAUGGUUUUAACAAGAACAUCUUUGCUGGUGCCAGCAUGGAUGGCGAGCUCUUUGUGUGGACAUAUGAACAGGCUACAAUGGAUGUGCAGCAGCUGCAUAAUGUGAGUACCGCACAGGGUGCAGCGGUGGCGCUGGAUUGGUCGACAGAGCAGCAGCUGCUGGUGGGUUAUACCAAUGGAGUUGUGCAGCAAUGGCAGCUGGGACAACAGAUGACACUGGAAUGGCAAUACACGCUGCCUGCCACUGUGGCUGCUGAGCUGACUACAAUGCUGUCGCUGGGUCUGGAUGAUUUGGUGUUGGGCACCAACGAUGGUGGUGUCUAUCGCUGCUGGAGCACGGCACCUCAAGUGUCGACGGAUAAGACCAACAAACAGUUCCAAUUGCUGCCGCUGCGUAGACAUCGUUUUAUGGUUUCAUCCCUGCUUAGAACUCAGCUCAAUGGACAGCAGCUGGUAAUAAGCUGUGAUCUCAGUGGACAGGCUUAUUAUCAUGAUAUGCGUCAUGAGGAUGAGGAUACGGCGCAGCUUAUAGUGCAAAUACCGCUGCCCUUUAAGAACUCGAUCGCCUGCAGUCGCGAUGGCAAUAUCAUCUACUGUCCUAGCUCCGAUGGCGCCUUGGAGUAUUACAGAGUCGGCGAUGGUGCACAGGCACAUGUCAAAGGAGUGCUACGUGGUCGUGGCAAUCUUAUACGCCUGAGCGACAAUGGCUGCUGGCUAAUUACAGGACUCUAUGGCAAUGAAUUUCAAAUAUUUUACAUAGAAAACAAUUUAGCUGCGAAUUAAACUUGGACUUUACAUAUCAUUUUAUAUAGCUGCGCUUAAGUUUAUUUAAAUGUUGCUAUUUACACGAGUUUCUAAUAAAACAUAAAAAUAGAUUUUGCUGCAUUUAAAAGUAUUGUAAAUAUGGCUUGUGGCGCCAGCAUUUAGAUAAAAA